AAAGCCCGCGGAGUUGAAGUGUGCUUAUCGCAUCAGAGAAAUGGGAGUUCCAAUGAAGAACAUCUGCUUUCUAGUGCUUUUUAUAACUCUAGCCAUUGCUGGGAUUGAUGGGGUUUAUGGGGCCGGUGAAUGUGGGAAAUCUUCUCCGGACAUGGAGGCUUUCAAGCUGGCUCCCUGUGCAUCAGCAGCGCAAGAUCAGAAUGCUGGAGUUUCUGACAGGUGCUGCAGUCAGGUGAAAAAGAUUGGCCAGAACCCAACAUGCCUUUGUGCUGCUAUGCUUUCUAAUACAGCUAAAAGCUCGGGAGCUAAGCCAGAGGUUGCAGUGACCAUUCCCAAACGCUGCAAUAUUGCUGAUCGUCCUGUGGGAUUCAAGUGUGGAGCUUAUACGUUGCCUUGAAGACUGAAGUUCCUGAGUCACGGUGCCUCUUAUUAUGAAUUAGUUGCUGUUUAGUACUAUUAUGCUUAGAUUGUAUCAUUGCAGCUGCUUGAAAUCUAGCUAGUCAGUUCACUCUGACACCCAGACACCUGAAUAAUUAUAAAUAAAUAAGUUGUUUGGUGCUU